AUGUAUCAAUAUCAAAGAUUCUCCGCUUUUCGGCCCAUAUGUUCACAGCAAUAUAGGCUCUUUAAUGCUUUGCAACUGUUAUCGCAAAGAUCUUUUGUAACUGAUUAUUCUUCAAUAAAACCAGACAUAAAACUUUUGGCCAAACUACGUCAAGAAACUCAGAUUAGUAUCACAAAAGCCAAAGAAGCUUUGGUAAAGCAUAAAAAUGAUUAUGAUAAGGCGGUUGCAUGGUUACUGGAAGAUUCAAAGACUACCGGUGCAGCAAAAGCCGAGAAACUUAAAGGAAGAACUGCAAAGGAAGGUUUGAUUGCAAUUGUAACUUCAAAAUUUGGAGAAAAGUUUGGAAAACUUAACGAGGGAGGUUUUAUAUUGGGUAACAGAGGUGCUAUUGUUGAGGUAAAUUGUGAAACGGAUUUUGUUUCACGUAACGCAUUAUUUCAACAAUUUGCUACACGGGUAGCAUCAACAUCAUUGCUCUAUCCAACACAAUCAACGCCUGAGCUUUCAAAUAUAACAGCAAAAAUCGUACCAGUUCCCAUUGAGCAUUUAUCUUUGUCUCCAUUAUUUCCACAUCCUUCCGCAUCAUCACUCGACAUUAAUCAUCUUUCACAACCUGCAUCAGUCAAAGAUUCUUUAACAGAAUUAAUUGGAAAAUUGGGUGAAAAUAUUAGUAUACGUAGAGUCGAAACUGUGAAUUUUGGCAUUGAAAAAUUAUCAUCUAGAAUCGCAAACGAUGAAGGCUGGGUUGUGAUAACAGGCGGAUAUGUGCACGGUGGUAAUGAUGCAUACACAGGGAAAAUUGGUGCUUUGGUAGUUCUUGAAGUCAGAGGAGUGAACCAAAAAAACAAAAUACUCCAAAGAGGACAAUUAAAUUAUUCACAGUCAAUAAUCGAUAUACUUUCAAAAUUUACUCGGGAUUUAGCAAGACAAGUGGUUGGUUUUAAUCCAAAGUACAUUUCUUAUGACCAUAUUAGACUGCUUGAACAAGAUAAACUGAAAGGUUUAACGGUAACGGGAGAAAUUGAUAAUUCUUUUAUAUUGACAGAACAAGAUUUUAUUGCAGCUACAAAUCAACUAACAGUGGGGCAACAGAUAAAAAAAUUGAGAAAUGAUUUCUAUAUUGAAAUAAAGAUUUUAGAGUUUAAAAGAUGGGUAUGUGGAGAAGACAUCGAAGAUAUCCAAAAUAUCGAGGAAGGCUCUAAUAUUGAGAU